AUGGGGGCUAUUGGAGGCGGCAUAUUCCACUCCAUCAAAGGUUUUAGAAAUGCUCCAGUUGGUUUCAAUCGAAAAAUGCUUGGAAGUUUAGCUGCUAUCAAAGAAAGAUCUCCAAUUGUGGCUGGAAACUUUGCAGUGUGGGGUGGAAUGUUCUCCACGAUAGAUUGUUCUCUGGUAUACUUGCGACAGAAGGAGGAUCCUUGGAACUCAAUAAUGAGUGGAGCUCUAACAGGGGGCAUACUUGCUGCUAGAAAUGGUGUUCCAGCAAUGGCGGGCAGUGCUUUAGUGGGAGGUAUCCUCCUUGCAUUAAUUGAAGGAAUUGGUAUAAUGUUUACUCGACUUUCAGCAGAGCAGUUCAAACCACAGCAACCUAUUUUCGAAGAUCCUUCCAUAUUGGGACAAAGUCAAGGGCAGAGCCAAUCUUUCCAGUAG